AUGCGCCCCGGCGCCUCACGACCACCCCUGAAUCGCUAUUGCAGGAACGAGAACCGCCUUUAUAACCAGCUGUGCGAGGAGUGGAGUCCCAACGAUCUCAGUCCGGAAGCGUUUGCGAUCAUUUGGAACUGGGCCAUCGACCCCAACUCCUUCCACCAAGUAGCAACCACGCCCAUCGUCGGCCCGGGCGACCACGAUCCCGACAUUUCCACGCGGUCGAUGUUGGACUCGGUCUUCUCUCCUGGGUUGGAGCAGAUGCUGGCCGUCAACCUCUUGAAGUGGCCGAAGGCUGGGCGCCGCAACAUGAGCCUGAUUAACGAGCUCGGAGGCUUUGGGGGGGGGUCUUCUCCUCCCCGCCUUCGCCCGGAGAUCAUUGGACGUCUGAAGCGCGGAGACCGGAACGCGUAUGAGGUUGCCGAUGCCCUCCGUCAGCACUGGCUCGAGAACUGCCCGACGAGCUUCCUGAGCUGUGACCCUUCCGAGCGCCGGGGCGGCCGAGAAGCCGUAGCACUCGUCGACGGUCAAUCACCUUGGGGUGGCAAUGAUCUGGCGCUAGACCGCGCGUCUCUGACACAGCUCUCCUUCCUCAGCCCCAAUGUCGCCUGA